AAAUCGAUCGGACACAACUGCUGGGAGAGAGAAAGAAGCGCACACAGCGACACCAACAGAAUAAACACUCUCUGGCAUUGACACACUCACAUUUCUAUUCUUAUGUUUAAACCCUAACAAAUAACAAUCAAACCCCUCAUUCAUUCUCCCAACUUCGAAUCCAUUCUUGAGUAUCUGAGAAUGCCUCCGCCGCACCCCCGCCGCGUCGACCAAAAACUGUGGCAGGCAUGCGCCGGCGCCACCGUGAAAAUCCCAGCGCUGCAUUCUAGGGUUUACUACUUCCCCAGGGGUCAAAUGGAACACGCCUCUCCCUCACGUAACCUCUCUCUCCCCCCUCUCAUCCGUUCACUCCCCUUUGUUCCCUGCUACGUGUCCGCUCUCGAUUACCUCGCCGAUCCCCUCUCCGACGAGGUCUUCGCCAAGCUCCUUCUCACUCCCCUCACCCACACCCACAACCAAAACGACGUCGUUGUGUCCCCCCGAUUCCUCACUCCCCUCUCCCACCUCCAUUCGCCCAAUGACGACGACAACCGCAACGCAGUCGUUUCGUUUUCCAAAAUUCUCACUCCCUCCGACGCCAACAACGGUGGCGGUUUCUCCGUUCCGCGUUUCUGCGCCGAUUCUAUCUUCCCUCCGCUCAACUUCGACGAUGAUCCUCCCGUUCAGGUUCUCUCCGUCACCGACGUCCACGGCGUCACGUGGCAGUUUCGCCACAUUUACCGUGGAACGCCGCGCCGGCACCUUCUCACCACCGGCUGGAGCAAGUUCGUCAACCACAAGAAGCUCGUCGCUGGUGAUUCCGUCGUCUUCGUGAAGGACUCUGACGGGAAGGUCUUUGUCGGGAUUCGCCGCGCCCUGCGGUUCGCAAAGGGCGAGGUCGCCGAGGAGGAGAUGCCUGCGAAUGAGGGAUUUUCGCGGAGUGCGAGGGGGAGGGUUUCUGCAAGGGCAGUUGCGGCGGUGGUGGAAGCGGCGGGGAGGAAGGUGCCGUUUGAGGUUGUGUAUUAUCCGAGAACUGGUUUGGCGGAUUUUGUGGUGAAGGCAGAGAUUGUGGAGGAAGCAAUGAAGAUCAUGUGGGUUGGUGGAAUGAGAGUGAAGAUGGGUAUGGAGACUGAGGAUUCUUCUAGAAUGACGUGGUUUCAGGGGACUGUAUCUUCUGCCUCUGCUUCUGAAAAUGGACCUUGGCGCAUGCUUCAGGUUAACUGGGAUGAACCUGAGGUUUUGCAGAAUGCAAAGCAGGUCAGUCCUUGGCAGGUUGAACUCGUUUCCCCGGUACCUACACUUCAUACAGCAUAUCCCCCCGCAAAAAGGUUUAGAGCUGACCAGGGUUCUGGGCUGUUGAGUGGUAGAGAGGAUAGAGAGGGAGAUCCCUUCUUUCCUAUGACAGGGUCUCCUAACUUAACAAUUGGACACUUGAAUAAAGAAUUGUUGAGUUAUGAUACUUCUCCUGCUGGCAUGCAGGGAGCCAGGCAUGAUCUAUUUUCUGCUUCAAGUUUUUCCAACUUUUUAAAUGAUAACUCUUAUCCACAUAUGGAUAAUUUUUCCUCUGGGAACAAUAAACUGCCAAGGGCGGGAACUGUGUCAACAGAGCUGAACAUUGGCAGUCCUCAAUCUGAUGACUUGUCUCCACAUAGUCAGAGUAGUUUUCAUUCCAUUGACACACAGGUUGCUGGGACACACAACGGCAACUCCAAAGUUGGUUCUGGUUCAAUUCAGCUAUUUGGUAAGAUCAUCCGGCCUGCUAAAAGUGAUUUGCAUGAUGCUGAUUGCAUGGGAGGUGAUGUCAGUAGGGGCUGCAAAGAAACUGAAGGCAUUAACAACCCACCAGAUCAUUCUUUGACUUACUCAAAAUUGCUCAACAGGCUUGAUGUCCAAUGUCAACGACCCUCCCCAGUCGAGGCAUGUUAUUUGUGAAACUAGUUAUGCAGAUAAGAAGUUGUACAGGCACUCAAGGCUGGUAGGUAAACACGAAACUGUCAACUCUUGUCCUUGUAGUGGUAAAAGUAUAUUCCGGUUAUCUUUUUUUGUUGGUCUGACUGCAACUUGAACGGUGAAAUUAACUUUGUGAUAUUCGAUCAAUUGUAUGAUAUCAAUAUUCG